GAUCCAACGGUUGAAAUUUGGUGUGGGUUAUUCAUAACAUUCUAUUUCCUUCACCCAAAAAUCUUUGAAGCCUCAUCACCUCUUUGUUAUUUAUCCAUUGGGUGCAGCGGAAUCUCAUCUUCUAUGUAUUUUGUUUGCUCAGUUCAAAUAAAAGCUUCCAGAUAAAAAAAAAAAAAACCUUUUUUUCUACCACUCUCACCUAAACCCAUUCAAUCAAACUAAACCCAAAUUGCUUCAGUCACCCUCGGUAGUAGUUGCUGCCUUCUCGGUGGGUCUGUGAAGGCGUAAAAGAGUUCAAGUUUGCGUUUUUCGAAAAAUCGAACAAUGUUGCAUGUUGCAUCUGCCCCAGGCUUUUGCUUAACAUAUCCCGGGAACCUUCAUUAUCCUCGUCAUUUAAAAAAUCCUUCAGCGAAAACAAGUUUUUCUGUUUGUUGUUCAGUAUCACAGACAAACAAUAGAGCUAAAAUGGAAUAUACUCCUUGGCUCAUUGUUGGCUUGGGUAAUCCUGGAAACAAAUACCACGGCACAAGGCACAAUGUUGGAUUUGAAAUAAUUGAUAGCAUUUCUCGAGCAGAAGGGGUGCAGAUGAACACAAUACAGUCAAAGGCCUUAAUUGGAAUAGGUUCUAUCGGAGAAGUACCAAUUUUGCUGGCAAAGCCCCAAACAUACAUGAAUUUUUGUGGGGAAUCGGUUGGGCCACUUGCUGCAUAUUAUCAAGUACCCUUGCGUCAUAUUCUACUAGUCUAUGAUGAAACAAGCCUACCAAAUGGUGUUUUAAGGCUUCAACCUAAAGGUGGACAUGGUCAUCACAAUGGAUUGAAAAAUGUGAUGGGCCACUUGGACGGUUGCAGUGCCUUUCCUCGACUUGCUGUCGGAAUUGGAAACCCUCCUGGAUCUAUGGAUUUAAGAGCUUUUCUUCUACAAAAAUUCAGCUCAGUGGAACGAAAGCAGAUUGAUGCUUCAUUGGAGCAAGGAGUUACGGCUGUUAGGACCCUAGUGCUCAAUGGUUUUGACAACCAUGUCAAUAGAUUCAAUUUAGGGCAAAAAUACAAGUACCAUAAAGUUUAAUUUCCACUCCAAUUUGGCAUAGAUGAAAUCCACGGUUAAAUUGUUGUUUAUGUUAGCAAUUAUAUCUCACAAACUUGUCAUGAGUCAUGACCGAUGCAUUUUUAAAGCACGCCAAUGGUCAUAUUCGGGUUCUGGCUAAUAGUUGCUUCAUGGUGCGAGAAAUAUAAGUUAAUUGCUUUGACAAGUCCGCGAAAAUGGUAGUUAGUGUGGAAGCAAUCUUUGCUCUUGUGCUCCUCUGAUAAUAAGAGAUGAACAAGUGAGCUCAAAACAAGCAUCACAAUACUUGUAAAUUUGUUAGCCACACCAUUAUGGUACAAGUGUUGUUGAUUUGGAACUUGUGACUAUUGAAAAUAGUUGACAUUAGAUGAAAUAGAAGUCAUUAUUAUUCACAUAAA